CUCUCCCUCCAAUCUCCAAUCUCCAUAUUAAAAAUUUCAAUCAACCCUCUCCCAUUCCCAAAUUAAUAAACUCACAAAUAAUUUGCAGGAAAGUAGAAAAUGGGUAUCAAUAAUCUUCUAAAAUUCAUGAAGCCUUAUGUUGAAUCCGUUCACAUCAAGAAAUAUGCUGGAAAACGAGUCGGUAUUGAUGCAUAUUCAUGGCUUCACAAGGGAGCUUAUUCAUGUAGCAUGGAGCUGUGCCUCAACAUGGAAGGUGACAAGAAAUUCCAGUACUUAAAUUAUUUUACGCAUCGAAUUAAUCUGCUACGCCACCAUAAGAUUACUCCAGUAGUUGUUUUCGAUGGUGGCAAUAUUCCCUGUAAGGCUGCAACUGAAGAAGAGAGGCACAGGAGAAGAAAGGCUAAUCGAGAUAUGGCAAUGGAAAAGCUGAAGGCAGGGGAUGCAAAUGCAGCCUCUGAGAUUUUUCAGAGGGCCGUGAGUAUUACUCCACUGAUGGCACAUCAACUGGUACAGAUUCUGAGGUCAGAGAAUAUUGAAUUUGUCGUAGCUCCAUAUGAGGCUGAUGCCCAAUUAGCAUACCUGUCCACCCUUAAGGCUGAAGAGGGUGGGAUUGCUGCUGUAAUUUCAGAGGAUAGUGAUUUACUGGCUUAUAGUUGCCCAGCACAGAUAAUCUUUAAGAUGGACCGGUAUGGAAAUGGUGAAGAGAUAAUCCUUGAUAAGGUUCUUAAUGCUGUUGGUUGUGUACCUUCUUUUCAGAAAUUCGAUGAAAGCUUAUUCACAGGUAUGUGCAUUUUAGCUGGAUGUGAUUUCCUUCCAUCAGUUCCUGGGAUUGGAAUUGCAAAGGCCUAUAAUUUGGUUUCCAAGUUUCAUAAUUUGGACCGCGUUUUAUCUACCUUGAAGUUUGAAAAGGGACGACAAAUGCCUGAAGAUUACCCGAAGGCAUUCAAAGAAGCAGUCGCAGUCUUCCGGCACGCUAGAAUAUAUGAUGCAAACUUAAAGAGACUCAAACAUCUCAAACCUCUUACACCAGAGCUUUUGCAGCGACAAGAUGAGGAGCUCGAUUUCCUCGGCCCAGAUUUACCCCCUUCACUAGCAACUGCAAUUGCUGAAGGAAAUAUAGACCCUAGUACAAUGGAGGCUUUUGAUCACAUCCCACAAUUUAGAAAUCACCACCCCACCAUUUUAGGGUCUCCUAAUCGACACUUGAGACAAGAUGCAACGGCUUUAUCUCCACAAGAAAGCUGCUUUACUGUAAUUUCCUGUCACAAAAUCAGCAAACAAAGAAUCAAAGGAAAUCUUUCAGGGGUUCCAUCGACCAGGAGGGUUCUGACCAAUACAUUGGAGAAAAGGAAGCUGAAGCCUACUACUGAGGAAGUGCUGCACUCAAACGAAACUUUAGCUCUAGAAAAGUUGGCUUUUCCUAUAAGCAAUGAAGCUUCCAAAGAAAACAAAAAGGUUACAAAUGGAAUCUUUCUUGAUAUUCCUAACAACAACCCAUUCAAGAAACGAAAACUAGGCGAAGUCAUAUUGGGUCAGGCAGAUGAAGUUGUUCAACAAUCUUCUGAAGUGAUUGAGAUUGAAAACUCGGAAAUCAUGUUUGUCACAACCGAAUCACAGGAAAGUGUUAAAUCUAAACCCUUCAAUAUUUCUCAAAGGCACAGUAGAAACAAAAGUGAGAAAAAACUGAACAAAGACCAUAGCCAGUGUUCAGAAACUAAGAAAAACAGUAUAUUAAAUUUCUUUUCUAGAGUGUAAUCUUUUUCUUGUUAAAUUUUAUAUAAUUCUUAUGCAUCAACCAAUUUUUAUUUAAUAAUUAACGUGAUGCAUUGAUACUGCACUAUC